AAAAGAGGGGGAAAGUUCACGGUAAAUCUGAGUGAUUUCACCGAGUUUUUCCAUUCACGAAUCGCAAGUGGCAGUGACAGUAACCGUCAGAGAGCGCUACAUCUUGUAGAAAAUUAUGAUGAGUUUCCAUUCAUCGCCUAAGACUCUGAUCACACCGUGAUUUUACGUUCAACCUUCUCUCCGUGAAGAAGUAUGUCUACGUCUACUGUCUUGAAAAAGGACGUCUGACGUGCUGGUUGAAAGGGGAACUGGUUGUUUCGGAACCAGUACAGCCAACGGCCUAACAUUUUUUCAGUGUAGGAACUGUCAAAACAAUGUUUGAAUUGUUAUGAAAAAAAGAGGAGAACUCUCAGCAUAUUUAAGACUUGCAGUGGAGGCAUUGCUUGACGAAGCGAAAGUUGGCGCAAGACGUGCCGAAAUAUUGGGACCAACUGGUUGGGUCAAACCAAAGGAGAGUGUUAAUAAACGAUUUUUGCAUUCAACACUUCGCAAUGCCGUGCAGUCGAAUAAAAAACGUGUUAAUAGAGAAAAUACUGUCAAUCCAUCAACAUCGACAGAGGCAAAAAAAAAUUUGGAAACAAUUAAAAAACGCGACAACACAUGACGUCAAAUCAAAUUUAGAAAAUAUAUGAAUUAUUUUGUAAAAAUGCUAUAAAUAAUAUUAUUGAUAAUUUAAUGUCAAAUGGUCAAUAAACAGGGUACGUAAUUUAAUAGAAAAUAAUAUAAUAUUAAUAAAUAGGUACGUUAAUUAAAAAAUAUUUUCAAGAGUUUAAAUAAACAUUUUAAAUGAUACUUCGUGAUUAUUGUAUAUAUAUAAUAUAUAUUUUUGUAAAUAGAACAAACACAGAAACUCCCUUGUAUAAAAUUAAAUGUCCUAAUUUAUAAAUACAAAUUGAAUAUUAAUGUCUAUGGCAAUUUUCUUUUUCUUUUUAAUAUUUUACAUAA